AACUCUCUUGGCUACCAUAGGCACUGUGAGUGGAUCAUUUUAAGGCUAGCAUUCCCCCCCCCCCAUUGCACUGUCCCUCUUCUCUUCAGAUUUUGAACUUUUUGUCUUGAACCAAAGUGGAGAAGGAUAAAAUGCAAAUAUGAAGCGCUUUGAAGUGAAGGCAAAGACACCUGUUCUUCUUUCUCAAACAAACCAGGCCAGUUACUCUGCCACAAAAGGUGUAAAUGACUUCACGUGCAACAGAAGACAAAGAACACUCUAUUUUCACGGGAGCAGGAAAAACCUUACAUUGACCAGCUGUCCAUCAUGGCAGCCCUGCCUAUCUUCCCAGGAAAAUGUUUUCAAGAAAUGUAUGUUAAAAAACUCUGCUGUGUGUAAGGUGGUCCCUUACUACACAACCUUUGUGAGUGGUGCAACUUUGUGGGAUAGAGGCAUUUACCAUCCUGCUCACAAUCGUCACCAUGAGAGACCUUCAUUACUAUGCCCCAGGUUUACAGCUCAUAUGAAAAUUUCACCUGGAAUCCUUGAGUCUCCCCAGAUGCUCAGCACCAAGUUCCGGGGCUUUCCAGUCAAACAGAUGAGUCAAAACAAGAAAAAUUUCCCAACUCAGAGAAACACCUGGAGAGAGUCAGUCUGUUUUAGAAGAGGACAGAAACAGGUUGUGCAAACAAAUAUACCCAUUCACCGUGAAUAUAAAGUUCCAAAAUUACCUCCACCAAGUUUGGCUUCCAGUGAGGAAGAUCUGGCUGAGGCAGUUGUCCACACACCUACUCCAUCAGUUAGAAACCAGGAGACCCCUUUAGCACAGACUAUUGCACCAGAAGAAAAGAAAAAAGAACCUGAAGAACCUGAGCUCUUAUGGACUAACACAGAAAUUGACAAAGACACAGAGUUAGAUGAGUUAGACAAGCUUCAGAACAGUGUUUCUCCAUUACUUUCUGAAACAGAACACACUCCCUCAGAUUUCAGUAGGCCGACUUCAAGUAUAAAGAGCAACCAGACACUGUUCAGCUUUGAGAGAGAAACUGACUGGUCAGAUUUUUCUAGAAAACUCUCCAGUGCAACCAGCACACCUCUUUCUCAGAUUCACACUUUCUCUUUUUCCAUGUCUGCAAUGGCUUCCUCAGACACAGAACUUGAAGCAGCCAGUAGCAGUAGCCAAACCUCCUACCAACCCAUUCUGGAUACAAGCUCUCUACUGGUGGCAAGUGGUUACUGCAGUGGCUUUCUGAGCCCCAGUCUGAACAGUUCCAGUUACCAUGGCACUGCAAACAUUCUCCAGGCUUCAUCAUAUUCUGUGAAAAAAUGCUCAGGGCAAACACCUUCUUUCGUGGAAAUUUGGCAUGACCGUCUCCUGCACCACUGGCCUGUUCUUCCACCGAUCUCCCCACAAAGAGCAUGCUCGGAUACUACAUGUGAGGUCAGAUCUCAGACAUCCAAACUUAGCAAUGGUACACAAGAUGCAUUCAAUGAACUUGAAGGAAUUAAUCCACAAACAGGCUGCUCUUUGUCUCAGCACGAUGAAGGGGACUCCUCUGAGGAAGACUUAUCAGAUCUCUCAGAACUUUCUAAAAGGGCUGAGUCUUUGAACAUUGGAUGUGUAAGUGAAGAUGAAUCACUAGCUGAAAUCAGGCUUUCCUUGUUGGAUCACCAGAGUUGGGAAAAGACAGGCCAACAUGAAGGUAUUCAGAAUGAUGUGGAAGAAUGGUGCAAUGCCUCAGAAGACAUUUUGGAAUAUAAGAUGAAAAAUAUUGGAUCUGCAGCCCUAGAUGCCAAUGGCUUCCUGCUUCAUCUUGCACCUGCCUUCUUGAAAGAAAACAAGACAUCAGAUACUUAUUCAAAUAAUGGAAUAGCUGAUCAGCAGAGUAUCUACACAAUGACUGUUGGAAUGAAAUCACCAAAUACUCUGAGGAAUGAAGAAAAUUCUUUUUCUACUACUGAACUACAUCCAAAUACAGACUUGGAAAUAAAAUCAUCUAUAGCUGGAGCUUCUUUGGUUGAAGACUGUUGUUUGUUCCCCCAAUUAACAGGCUUGAAUGAAACUGAAUCCACGCUGGAGAGUAGGGACCCUCUCUCUGUUGGACACAUGAACAAGGCUCAGUUUGAUACAGUACUGAAAGAACCAGCUGAAGAGUCAAAUAAGGAUAUGGAUGGCUGUUGCACUGGAGAUAAGAGACCUGGAGAGUCCAGAACACCCAGUCAUGCAAAUAGAGGAAGACCUUCCAAACUGGACCAUACCAUUCUGCUGGGAAUGGACCAACAACGAAAAGCUGAGGGAAGACAAGCUCAAGCCUUAUACAUUUACUCAAAACUCCAGGAGACUCAAAUUCCUGCAUUCCGAGCACCUGAGACUAGGACUAUCUCCAACUUUGAAGAUUUCGACUUUUUGGCAAAAUACUGCAUCUUCAGCCAGGAGAAGUUGGCUAAGUACAAAAUGGCUUUUGAAGCGGUGGAUACUGAUGGAGAUGGAUACUUGAACUGCCUGCAAGUUUUGAUGGCUCUGAAAGAAACUGUCCCUUCAGAUGCACUAACUGAUGCUGAAGAACUUUAUGUAUAUAGGAUCUUAGAGAUUGUUGACUAUUAUGUAACAGAUGGCCUGACAGACCUCCGACUCUUCGCAGUGAUGGCUAGCUUGGCACAGAAAAUAACAGCACUGGACAAUUUUAUGAGAGCAUUGAUUGGCCUCAUGGAUUUUAAAGCCUUGGAACUGAAAAUGUACAAUGCUAGGGAGACUAUGUACAUUGAAGAAAACACAUAUAAAAAUGAUAUGAUCUCUUUGAUUUUCUUGCUGAAAGAAAAGGUUGGGGCGUUGGCUAAAGUUCUGCGCAUAUUUGAGGAAAAAAGUAUAAACCUGACCCAUAUUGAGUCCAGACCUUCCCGAGUCAACAAAGAUGAGUAUGAAUUCUUCAUAAACCUGGAUAGGAGGAAUACUCCUCUUCUCACGGAUAUCAUCAAGACUUUAAGAAACGAAAUGGGAGUGACUGUUCAUGAGCUUUCACGUAAAAAGAAGAAAGAUGCUGUGCCAUGGUUCCCGAGAACUAUCCAGGAGCUUGACAGAUUUGCCAAUCAGAUCCUAAGCUAUGGAGCUGAACUGGAUGCAGACCACCCUGGUUUCAAAGAUCCUGUUUACCGGGCCCGCAGAAAGGAGUUUGCUGACAUGGCCUACAACUACAGACACGGGCAGCCUAUUCCUAAAGUGACUUACACAGAGGAAGAAAAGAAAACGUGGGGCACAGUCUUCAGGGAGCUGAAGACUCUCUAUCCAACUCAUGCUUGCUAUGAACACAACCACGUGUUCCCGCUACUGGAAAAAUACUGUGGCUACCAGGAGGAUAAUAUUCCACAACUUGAAGAUGUUUCAAAAUUCUUGCAAACCUGCACUGGAUUCCGCUUACGCCCUGUCGCUGGCCUGCUGUCUUCUCGGGAUUUCCUGGCUGGUUUGGCAUUCAGAGUGUUUCACUCUACACAGUACAUCCGCCAUGGAUCUAAACCAAUGUACACACCAGAACCUGAUGUUUGCCAUGAGCUCCUAGGACAUGUACCUCUGUUUGCUGACAUUAGCUUUGCUCAGUUUUCCCAGGAAAUUGGACUUGCAUCCUUGGGAGCACCGGAUGAAUAUAUUGAGAAACUUGCUACGGUCUAUUGGUUUACGGUGGAAUUUGGACUCUGUAAAGAAGGUGAUACAAUAAAGGCCUAUGGUGCUGGGCUGCUGUCUUCAUUUGGCGAGUUGCAGUACUGUUUAUCAGAUAAGCCUGAAAUUCAAUCCCUUAACCUGGAGAAGACUGCAGUCCAGAAAUACCCCGUCACUGAGUUCCAGCCUGUUUACUAUGUUGCUGAAAGUUUUAAAAAUAGCAAAGGAAAAAGUAAGGAGAUUUGCUUCAUCAAUCCCUCGACCUUUCUCCAUUCGCUACGAUCCGUACACCCAGAGAAUUGAAGUCUUGGACAAUGCAAAGCAGUUGAAGAAUUUAGCUGAGUCCAUCAGCAGUGAGAUGGGAACUCUUUGCAGUGCCCUCAAGAAGAUAGAAUGAAGGUUUUCUCAGCGUCCUCUCUUCCAAGAGCUUCUGGCUGAAGUGACUAUAUGCAAAUGCCAAUAAUAUUCUAGCUAUUUCACAUUAUCACUCUAUUGAAUGUGUGAAUGUUUAAGAUAUAUAUGUAUACACACACACAUAUUACUUAAUUACUAUAGCUUAGCAACAAAAGAGGCUUCUGUGGGUGACUCUGUGCUCUCUUUGGUUGCAUAUCAUAAUUCUAUUUAAAAUUCACCCCAGCCCGGGUGACUAUCCACGGCCUGCACAUCUUUUCUGUCUGAAUCCUGGAGGCUGGCAAAAGAGGGAAUCCUUCUCCAUUCACCAGGCUGUGGAGUUACUGCAGCCCUGGUACUGCAUUGCCCCCAUGUCCCAGUGACAACGUGGCAAUGGCUAGCAGCAGAUUCACCCACCCUGCCACAUCCCUCCUACACUCCCAUCCCCCCCAGCCUGCAACCAUGCUGGGUUCCCCUGGAGAGCUAAGCUCUGUAUCCCUAGCUCGUACACAGACUCUACAUGUCCUCACAAACCCUGUCCCCUACAUAGCAAAUUUGCACCUCUUCCACCACACAUGGGGCACUCUGCACGGAGAAGAGGCCACGGUUUGCCACCUUAACAUGGGGCUUAAGUGGUACCUUGUGUGGGUCCUCUGCACUGGGAUGAAUUUUGCUGUAAAAGUUUUUGUUCUUCAAAAGUGACUUCAGAUUUAGUCAAAGAGUAGAUGCUCUGCUCUGUUACAAGUGGAGAAUGUGUUUUCAGUCUGUUUCUGACUCAUUAGUGAAGAUUUCUCCUCCAGUGUUAAAAUAUUGUGUUCACACCAUGUGCAAUGUGUUCCCACAGCUCAUAGUCCAGGGACUAAAUUUGCUAUGUCACAGAUUGGACAUUUGAACCAUCCUGAGCUAAGCAGAGCAAAUCAGUGUUUCCCAUUAACAAUUUUCCCAUACACAAGUUUCAACAUGUGAUGACAGGUUUCAGAGUGGUAGCCGUGUUAGUCUGUAUCAGCAAAAAGAACGAGGAGUCCUUGUGGCACCUUAGAGACUAACAAAUUUAUUUGAGCAUAAGCUUUCUGGGCUAAAACCCAAAUAAAUGUAUUAGUCUCUAACAUGUGAUGAGAGGUUCUAAAGCUGCUGUGGGCUUUACAAAACUGAUUUAAAAGUCCACAAAAUGUAAAACCUAUUAUUGCACCACUUUUAGAUUUACAUCUCGAAAAGCAAUGGAUCUUUCAUUCAAACGUUGUCCUUUAAGAGGAUACAAACUACAGUUGCCUCUAUUAUAUUUAUAGCGUAUACUAAUCUAAGGAUACAGGGCCGGCUCCAGGUUUUUUGCCGCCCCAAGCAAAAAAAAGAAAAAAAGCCGGAGUGCCGUCCCUUGACAAGUGCCGCCCCAAGCACAUACUUGGAAGGCUGGUGCCUAGAGCCGGCCCUGUAAGGAUACCAGCUGGGACCUUUUUGAAUAGAAGUAUAUUUAUACAAAAUGGCAUCAUUUUGGUGCUUUGAAGUAUCACUUUUUAUCACUGAGUCUUUUAUUGUGUGGUAAUGUCUGUGCAAACCUUUAAUCCCUGGCACUUAUUUCAAAAGUGAAAGAAGCCCAUGUUCCUUCCCUUCUAGUAUAGUGAUGCCGCUAAGGUGAUUGUGUUCACAAAAGGAUGAUUCCGCCACAAGUUUGAAGUCUUUCAAAAUAAUCUGCUGCUGGCUUUCAAAUCUUGUUGUGACUGCUGCUAUGAAUAACAGAAGAGCAGCAUCCAUGGUGCUGUUGGGAAUACAGGAUACAUGGUUUCCUUUAUACUUAAGUGGAAUUAUUAAACAACUUUCACAUUUUGGGUCUGAUUAUGUCUCAUUUACACAGGUGUAGUCUGGAGUGACUCCAGUUAAAUCAAUGGAAUUACAUUGGUGUCAAACUAGUGUUAAGUGAGGGGGGAGAACUGGCCCCCUCAGGAUUUUAGAAAUGGAUGAAACAAACUGCAACUAGAUUUUCUUACUAAAAAAAAUAAUCUUAUGCAUUUAUUUUUAAAUAUUUUAAGUUAGCUGCAUUUAGAAUACUAGUUUUAGUGGAUAGCUCAAGAAAGAAAUUAAAAUUUGUAAAAAAUCUUUUAAUUUCUCUUCUGUCUGGUAAACAUAUCAUUCUGCUUUGUAAACUAAAUGCAUGUAAAUGUUUAGUAAGCCAGUAUUAAAACAAAUAUUUACAAAUAUAGAGAGUACUUUUUAAGUGGUGUGUCAGACUAAAUAAAAAAACAACUCAAUAGUAUUUUGCACUUCUGCAGCAUCAUUCAUGCAAGAACAUCAAAAUGCUUUAAAACCAUUAACUAAGAAAUCUCAGAUCCGUGAAGUAUUACCUGUAUUUUACAGUCAGGGAAACUGAGGCAUGGAAGGUUAUUGGCAUGUCCAGGAUCUGCUAUCGAGCCUGAGAUAAAAAUUCUGGAUCGGCUCUGUCAAUUUAGGCUAAUAUAGUGUUCCCAUUAUAGUGCUAUCCAAGUAUUUAGGAUACUCAACUAUGACUAAACUUCUGACCACCAGUCCCAUGCUAUAACCUCUUUCUCCAUGCUUCUUCCUUCAGUGCUUCUUGUAGAAUAAGCUAAAAUAUCCAUGGUGCCUUCAUUCCUGACUAAGGUGAUCAAAAAGUUGUGGUGAGACCGCUUUUGCAGUAUCCAGUUGCCUCAGAUCUCCUUGACCCUUUUCAGCUUGGGUACCAACCUGGUUACGAAACAGAGCCCACCUUAGUUGCAUUGAUAGAAGAUCAGCUGUCCAUGCUGAUAUUAUUACAGUAGGUAGCUGCCUUUAAUAGAGUUGAUCAUGAUGGUGUUUGUUAUUGUAAAGAUGGGGAGGGAGACUUGAGAUUUUACCUUGCUUGUUGCUGAUGGUUUAAUCUUAAAGUAUACUGCUGCACUUAGCAUGUACUGUAUUUUUAAGUUAUGUCAAAGGUGUAUAGAUAGAAGACCUGGUUAGCAUUUAAAUUAAUCUAAAUGAAUAAUAGUCAUACCAUAUAAAUUCAUUAUCAAUAAAGCUGCAACAAUAAAUACAAUGUAAAAACCACUGUAUGAAAAGGAUUUCUGCUGAAAUGAGUUAGUUGCUUUUGGUUGAUUUGUUUGUUUUUCCUAAAAGUGCCUAUAGCUAAUAUGAUUGGAGUGGCUUUUCAUUCUUCUGUAUACCCCGUUUCUUCUAAGCUCCAUAAAGUAACACUAACAAUGAGUUAUAUGUGCACAUCAAGUAGUGACUAGAUGCCGUAUAUAGUGCAUUGUGAUAUUCUGUAUUUUGAAGCAUUUACUUUUCAUCUUCAGUAUGGGGGUUGGGAUGUAAUUAUACAUCUUUGAGUAGCGUCUCGUUAGCAGGUUUUUCUGUCUGCACAAAUGCACAGUUGAGCCAACACUUACUUUGGUGCCUCACUGCAUCCAAACCAUUUAACUUCCUUACCAUUUAUUUUCAUUAAAUUGCAUAUGUUCACUGUUACUUUUUAUGUCAACAGAUUAUCAUGUUCUUUGCAGAGCUAAAUAAAUACAGUGUUAAGUACAUAUUAAGUGUAUAUUUCAGCAGUAUUGGGCAAUGUACUGAUUGAAGCGCUGAUCCUUGUAUAUGUCCUAAAAGCAAUAGGUGAAAGUUUUUUGUUUUGUUUUGUUUUAUGCAAAUAAAAUUGCUAACAAUAACCCAUUAACCAGA